UUUCAGUGUUUAUUGUGUAUUUUGCAGCCAAAGGGAGACAUUGAGGUGAGCUAGCGGAGCUAACUUUAGCGGAGCUAACUAGCCAGCUAAGUCAGCAUGGAAGAAUUGGAUGAUGUCGCAGUGUCGAUUUUAAGGGCUGCAAACAUCACAGAGACAAUCAUGGGCACCCUGUCUCGUGAAGACUUGCGGGAUCUUUUCCCAGGCCCAGAGAACUUUUUACGCAGAAAAGCGGUCUGGCGUGUCUGUCAUGGUGCGUCGGAGGAGGAGUCUGGCCAAGAACACUCACAAUUAUCGGGCAGUUCCUCCUUUAAUGCGUCACCCAUGCGACAGACUUCCACUCCAGUGAACGCAAGUCCUGCAAGGUACACAACCCCUGAAAAGGUUGUGAAGUUAUCCUUUCCAGAAUAUGUAUUGCACACCGACACAGAACUUGAGCAAGUCCGACAACAAUACUUUGAGCUGUCGAAGAAAGGCCAGAUGUCAAAGGAGCUCAGAUGUCGCCUCAUUCGAAACACCAUGAGCAGUAUGACUGCAAUCCUGAGAGCAAAGGGGGAUGGAGAAUCGCACAGAUACCCAUCAAAGCCAGAAAUUACAGCUAUGGCAAAGAGAAUAGUACUGUACUACCCCAUGCUGCAGGACCAAGGCCUCCAUACAUGGGUCACUGUGUAUGCACAGCUAUACAAAAGAUUGCAAAAUGUGAGAUCUCCCCAAAAAAGAACUCCAGAUGGGAGACAUUCAAAGAGGUGAGUUGUAACUAAUGAUUAUUUUCAUCAAAGAUUCAUCUGUUAAUAAUUUUCAAGAUAAAUUGAUCAGUUGUCUGGUCAGUAUAAAGUCUAAGGUUGUUUGGUCCACACCGAAUGUUUCGGUUAUACACUACGGUUAUACACUACAUUAAUGUUCACUCCAGAGCUUUCAGGUUUUUUCUUUCAAUACUGUGAACACUGCUGGAUAAUUUUUUUGUACUACCUGUACAGCUCUUCCAGUCAUUUCACUGCACGUACUGUUUUUUUUAGCCUUUCAGUAAGAUUUUAGCACGCUUUUGU